UUAGUUGCGCUUACAUGCAUGGAAGGACGCAUUCCAAUUAUUUCUUCAUUUUUUUCAGGAGAUGACGCUGCUGCAAAUUAUCAGGAAAAGGGUUUGUGUUUAAUUACCUAUCCGUUUGCAGGAAAAAGGUCUGUGAUGAUACGAAAACUAGUACAUGAUCAUGAUUAUCACUAUCGAAUACAUUAGAAUAAUAUAAUUUGACACAAAAGGUUAUCGAUCUAAUUGUUUUGGCUGUUAGCUAUUGGAAGUGAACACGUUUAUAGGAUAGUGUCGCGUUUUAAUAAACUGAAUACCAUGCGACCUACUCGCGUCGUGGUGGUCGGUGCUGGAGUGGCAGGGCUGAGCUCUGCCGUCGCUGUGCUCGAGCAGCUGCCUCACUGCAGCGUGACUGUCAUCAGUGAUUCAUUCAGCCCCGACACUACAGGUGAUGUCGCUGCUGGUCUCUGGGAGCCUUUCCUCGUCGGCAACAGCAACGAGAAAGACAUCCUCAAGUGGGCGAAGGGGACGUGGGACCAAUUCCACCAGUGGUUCCAGAGUGGGGAGGAAUGGGGAGUGAGGAUGGUGCCUGGACAUACUUUCUCUGAUAGUCCUUCACAAAUUCCUUCCUGGAGUAACAUUCCGGCGCAAUUUCUGGAAUAUUCGAUGAGUGAAUGCCAACAAAUUUCACCCUGCUAUGUGUUUGGAUAUUCCUUCACUACGUGGGUUGCCCAGCCGUCUAUAUUUUUACCGAAAUUGAAAGCCAUAGUCGAAGAGAAGGGUGGCAAGAUAAUAAACCGCCGCCUGAAAUCUCUGGACGAAGCCGCUCCUGACGCGGAUGUUGUUGUGAACUGCAGCGGGAUCGGGGCCCGGGUGCUGGUGCCGGACCUCUCGGUGGUCCCUGUGAGAGGGCAGGUCGUGCGGGUACGCGCCCCUUGGGUCACUUCCUUCCUUAUUGAUGAAAGUAAAUCUACUCACGCCUACAUCAUACCCAAUACAGACUGCGUGGUGCUCGGAGGCACGCUGGACGAGGGCGAAUGGGACUUGACUGUGAACGCCGACACCGCGCGGCAGAUCUUGAAGCGAUGCUGUGAGCUUGAUCCCUCGCUCAAGGACGCGGAGGUGCUGGGCAGCGCCGUGGGCCUGCGCCCCUACAGGAAGGCGGGAGUGCGGCUCGAGGAAGACGUUGUGAUGACUUCCGGCCGCGCGGUGCCGGUGAUACACAACUACGGACACUCCGGCUGUGGGGUGACGCUCAUGUGGGGAUGCGCCAGAGACGUCGCGUCCAGGGUGGCGACAUUAGUGAUGAAGGCCGCGCUAUGAUGUGUGAUGACCGAGAUUUCUUAGCGCUUGAGUUAUGAUCAAAGGGCCUUGCAGUAAAUUUGGUUCUGUCCUGUGUCGUUUUAAUUAAAGGUCUUCUUCGCUGAAUUGCUUGAAGGCGUCUAUAAGGAAUUUUUCCUAGCUUGUACAUUUAAUAAUUUUAAUUGGGUAAGGCGUCGCAUCAUUAAACUGACGCUUUCUUUAUACCCCUUAUUUACUCUAACAAACUAUCUGUCGAUGGUUAUAAACAUAAAUUGCAGAUAUAGAAGAAAUUCCAAAUUCUCUGUAUGAGUUUGUUAAUGCAGCCAAUUAGAGUUUGUGGGUUCAGACAACAUGAGAUUUGGGUUCGGCUAACGAAAAAGCAACAAUACAAUAAUGUAUAAACUUACUUACGCAGCUUGUCAAAAGAAAUUUUAAUAAUAUCAAUAAUAUAUCAUGAUUACCAAUAAUUUAAGUGGACAAUCAAAUAGCAUCCCUCACUGAAAAUAUAGCAAUAAGGAGCAUAUGUUCAGUCUUGAAAUACCUAAAACCUUCCGGACCAGGCUAUCAUUAUCAGUUAUGGAAACAACAAUCAGGGAACAAUUGACAGUUAUGGAAAUAUCAGGUUCAAAAGGCCGGUUACUUUGUGGAAUCAAGUCACGAAAAGUUCUAUUCCAUAAUAAGGGCUUAGGGUUUGCUUAUUUUGCCCAUUCAUCACAACAUUUCUUUGUACGAGUGCUGAUCAAAAUAUAUUUAGAUGCACCAAAUA